AUGGAGCAAGAUAUGCUCACCGACCACGGCGGGAAACCAGACUCCCUCGAUCGAGAAGGGCGCUGCCUUCUAUCUUUGGAUGGCGGAGGGGUGCGGGGAUUGUCCUCGCUUUACAUCUUGAAAGCCAUUAUGGAUUGGCUAAAUGAUGAAAAAGAGGGCAAACAUCGAAAGAAGCCAUGUGACAUUUUUGACCUUAUCGGCGGAACUAGCACCGGCGGACUUAUCGCUAUUAUGCUUGGGCGGCUUGAGAUGGAUGUGGAUGAGUGUAUUGAAGCAUACAGCAGCCUCGCGGAAGCCGUUUUUGGCAAAAGGCUUCACCGACUUCCAAUGAACCUCACCGGUGGCACUCAAGCACUAUUCGACUCAACCAAGCUUGAGGCUGCGAUCAAAGGGGUGAUUUCUCAAAAAGGCAUCCCUGAGACGGAGUUGUUUGAUAAUGGGACAAAGCGAGGGUGCCAUGUCUUCGUAUGCGCUACGGAUCGCUCUUCGAAGAAAAUCGUAAGACUUCGGAGCUAUAAACCUCCUCGUGGUCAGCAAAAUAUCCCUGCGACGAUAUUGGAAGCCGCGCUUGCAACCACCGCGGCAACGACAUUCUUUGAUCCGGUUUCCAUCGGUAACCGUACAUUCGCUGAUGGCGCCUUCGGAGCAAACAACCCCGUCAACGAGGUAGAGAGAGAAGCAUCGAAUCUCUGGUGUCGUGAUACAGGGGAUCUGCAAUCAUUGGUCAAAUGUUUUAUCUCGAUCGGGACUGGAAACCCGGGCAUGAAGUCAUUCGAGGAAGGUCUUAUGGGGUUCUUAAGCAAGACUUUAACACAAAUUGCUACCGAAACAGAGGACACUGAAGCAGAGUUCAUAGACCGAUGGCGGAUCCAUUACGGUAAGAAGCGUUAUUUUCGCUUCAAUGUGGAGCAGGGCCUCCAGGACAUCGGUAUGGAUGAAUAUCAAAGUAAGGGCGCAAUUGAAUCGGCCACGGAAGGGUAUCUCACGCACCAGGAUCGAAUAUCCCGGAUGGAGGACUGCAUUCGAAACCUGGGAUUGAAAGAGAGCGUAACAGAGGUUGCUAGAAAUAAAUUUUGGUGCGUGCAGCGAUCUGUCAAUACACUUUUCACUGGCCGUGUUGAUAUUAUAAAUCGAAUCAAAUCGGCAAUAACCAUCAAAGAGGGAAGUCGGACGCAAAGACGAUUCGUUAUCACUGGCAUGGGGGGUCUGGGAAAAAGCGAAAUCUGCCUAAAAGUCGCGGAUGAGAUGCGAGAAGUUUUCUGGGGUGUCUUUUGGGUCGAUGCAGGCAGCGAAUCCGCAGCAACCGACGACUUUAUCAAAAUAGCAAAGAUGCUUAAGUCAGCUGCUGAGACAGUUGAUGGCGCGAGGCAAUCGCUAUCUAACGAGAAGCGCGACUGGCUCCUUAUAUUAGAUAAUGCCGACGACCCUGAGUUUGACUACACACGUUAUUUUCCAUCAGGAUCCGGAGGUGCCAUUCUCCUGACAUCACGAAAUGACCGAAGUCGUCGACUGAGCACUGUUGGAUCUAAGUCACUUGGGAGCUUAGAGCCUGCUGACUGUCUGAAUUUAUUUUUCCAGGCAGCAGAUAUGGAGCCGUCAGACAAAUACAAAGAGGCUGCAUUGCGUAUCGUCAAACUUCUGGACUCGCACACGCUCGCGUUGAUACAAGCAGGGGCAUAUAUAGCCCAGGACUUCUGCUCUGUCGAGGAGUAUCCUGCAGUGUAUGGAAUAGAGUCAAAACGUUUGUUAUCUUUAGGCCCAGAUCAAGCGCCGCCAAGAUACCACAAUGUCUAUGCGACGUUUGAAGCAUCUAUACAGGCCUUAAGUUCCUCGAAGAGGGAGAAUAGUCAGGAUGCGCUGGUUGUGCUCCAUCUCCUAGCCAUUCUACAUUACAGCAAUUUACCACUAGAGCUAUUUAAGGAUACCUGGAUUGGCGCUCAAGUGGCUCAAGAGACACCCGAAGAAGAUGUUAACAUUGACACCCUUUCCCGCUGGCACGUCUCCCAACUUCCCCAAACCAUACAAUGGCGCAAAAAUAUCUGGGACCCAUUUCGGUUACAAAGUGCUCAAAACUUACUACAGUCCCUUGCACUGGUCCAAAAGGGAGAGGAGCGCGGCGCCAAAACAGUUUACUUACAUCCCCUUGUGCAAAACUGGGCCUAUUUACGUCAGGUUGAUGGUCAACGCCGCCAGUCAUGGAUAUCUGCGGGAUGUACCCUCGCACUAUCUUACUAUAGAAAUACCGGGUGGCGGCCAUAUCGGCUCUCAUUGCAGCUGCACCUACAGUCACUUUUGAGCAGGGAAGACGGACAAUCAUGCAUACCUCCCUCAUCAAUACCAAAGCUUCAAAUUGUCUUCCAAUGUUGUAGACUGAUGCACCAGCUGCGGAUGGACCGCUCAGUUGAGAGGACGUUGAGCACCUUAUUUCAUAGCCUGAAGCUUGACCCUAUCGAACCUCAGGAAGUAUAUCUGGCACUUUACAAGUUAGCUGCAGAGAACCUAUACAACAUAGGCAAAAUCAAAGGUGCUGUAGAGCUAUGGGAGAAGGUCUAUCAUAUUGAAGAGUUAAAAUUAUCUGAAGACCAUCCAAGUCGACUGGCAUCACAGCACGAACUCGCGGGGGCCUACCGGGCAAAUGGCCAGGUCAAAGAGGCCGUGCGCCUCCUCGAGCAUGUCGUCAAAGUGCAGGAGACAAUACUGACUAAAGACCAUCCAAACCGACUGGCAUCACAGCACGCACUCGCGGGGGCCUACGAGGCAAAUGGCCAGGUCAAAGAGGCCGUGCGGCUCCUCGAGCAUGUCGUCAAAGUAAAGGAGACAACGCUGGCUGAAGGUCAUCCGAGUCGACUGGCAUCACAGCACGCACUCGCGGGGGCCUACGAGGCAAAUGGCCAGGUCAAAGAGGCCGUGCGGCUCCUCGAGCAUGUUGUCAAAGUAGAGGAGACAACGCUGGCUGAAGGUCAUCCAAGUCGAUUGGUAUCACAGCAAGCACUUGCGGGGGCCUACGAGGCAAAUGGCCAGGUCAAAGAGGCCGUGCGGCUCCUCGAGCAUGUCGUCAAAGUAGAGGAGACAACGCUGGCUGAAGGUCAUCCAAACCGACUGGCAUCACAGCACGAACUCGCGGGGGCCUACCGGGCAAAUGGCCAGGUCAAAGAGGCCGUGCGCCUCCUCGAGCAUGUCGUCAAAGUGCAGGAGACAAUACUGACUAAAGACCAUCCAAACCGACUGGCAUCACAGCACGCACUCGCGGGGGCCUACGAGGCAAAUGGCCAGGUCAAAGAGGCCGUGCGGCUCCUCGAGCAUGUCGUCAAAGUGCAGGAGACAACACUGACUGAAGACCACCCAAGUCGACUGGCAUCACAGCACGCACUCGCGGGGGCCUACGAGGCAAAUGGCCAGGUCAAAGAGGCCGUGCGGCUCCUCGAGCAUGUCGUCAAAGUGCAGGAGACAACACUGACUGAAGACCACCCAAGUCGACUGGGAUCACAGCACACACUCGCGGGGGCCUACCGGGCAAAUGGCCAGGUCAAAGAGGCCGUGCGGCUCCUCGAGCAUGUUGUCAAAGUGAAGGAGACAACACUGGCAGGGGAUCAUCCAAGUCGACUGGCAUCACAGCACGAACUUGCGAGGGCCUAUCAGGCAAAUGGCCAGAUCAAAGAGGCCGUGCGGCUCCUCGAGCAUGUCAUCAAAGUGCGUGAAAUAACACUGGCUGAAGAUCAUCCAAGUCGACUGGCAUCACAGCACGCACUCGCGGGGGCCUACCGGGCAAAUGGCCAGGUCAAAGAGGCCGUGCGGCUCCUCGAGCAUGUAGUCAAAGUGCGUGAGACAACACUGACUGAAGACCAUCCAAGUCGACUGGCAUCACAGCACGCACUCGCGGGGGCCUAUGAGGCAAAUGGCCAGGUUAAAGAGGCCAUGCGGCUCCUCGAGCAUGUCGUCAAAGUGCAGGAGACAGCCCUGGCUGAAGACCAUCCAGACCGACUGGCAUCACAGCACGCACUCGCGGGGGCCUACCAGGCAAAUGGCCAGGUCAAAGAGGCUGUGCGGCUCCUCGAGCAUGUAGUCAAAGUAGAGGAGACAACACUGGUUGAAGACCAUCCAAGUCGACUGGCAUCACAGCAAACACUCGCGGGGGCCUACGAGGCAAAUGGCCAGGUCAAAGAGGCCGUGCGGCUCCUCGAGCAUGUCGUCAAAGUAAAGGAGACAACGCUGGCUGAAGGUCAUCCGAGUCGACUGGCAUCACAGCACGCACUCGCGGGGGCCUAUGAGGCAAAUGGCCAGGUCAAAGAGGCCGUGCGGCUCCUCGAGCAUGUCGUCAAAGUGCGGAAGGCAACACUGGCUGAAGACCAUCCAAGUCGACUUGCGUCACAGCACGAACUCGCGGGGGCCUACGAGGCAAAUGGCCAGGUCAAAGAGGCCGUGCGGCUCCUCGAGCAUGUUGUCAAAGUGCGUGAAAUAACACUGGCUGAAGACCAUCCAAGUCGACUGGCGUCACAGCACGAACUCGCGUGGGCCUACCAGGCAGAUGGCCAGGUCAGAGAGGCCGUGCGGCUCCUCGAGCAUGUCGUCAAAGUACAGGAGACAACACUGGUUGAAGACCAUCCAAGUCGACUGGCAUCACAGCAAACACUCGCGGGGGCCUACAAGGCAAAUGGUCAGGUCAAAGAGGCCAUGCGGCUCCUCGAGCAUGUUGUCAAAGUGCGUGAAAUAACACUGGCUGAAGACCAUCCAAGUCGGCUGGCAUCACAGCAUGAACUCGCGAGGGCCUACCAGGCAAAUGGCCAGGUCAAAGAGGCCGUGCGGCUCCUCGAGCAUGUCGUUAAAGUGCAGGAGACAGCCCUGGCUGAAGACCAUCCAAGUCGGCUGGCAUCACAGCAUGAACUCGCGAGGGCCUACAAGGCAAAUGGCCAGGUCAAAGAGGCCAUGCGGCUCCUUGAGCAUGUCGUCAAAGUAGAGGAGACAAUACUGGCUGAAGACCAUCCAGACCGACUGGCAUCACAGCACGCACUCGCGGGGGCCUAUGAGGCAAAUGGCCAGGUCAAAGAGGCCGUGCGGCUCCUCGAGCAUGUCGUCAAAGUGCGGAAGGCAACACUGGCUGAAGACCAUCCAAGUCGACUUGCGUCACAGCAUGAACUCGCGGGGGCCUACGAGGCAAAUGGCCAGGUCAAAGAGGCCGUGCGGCUCCUCGAGCAUGUCGUUAAAGUGCAGGAGACAGCUCUGGCUGAAGACCAUCCAAGUCGGCUGGCAUCACAGCACGCACUCGCGGGGGCCUACCAGGCAAAUGGCCAGGUCAAAGAGGCUGUGCGGCUCCUCGAGCAUGUUGUCAAAGUGCGUGAAAUAACACUGGCUGAAGACCAUCCAGACCGACUGGCAUCACAGCACGCACUCGCGGGGGCCUACGAGGCAGAUGGCCAGGUCAGAGAGGCCGUGCGGCUCCUCGAGCAUGUAGUCAAAGUGCGUGAAAUAACACUGGCUGAAGACCAUCCAAGUCGACUGGCGUCACAGCACGAACUCGCGUGGGCCUACCAGGCAGAUGGCCAGGUCAGAGAGGCCGUGCGGCUCCUCGAGCAUGUCGUCAAAGUACAGGAGGCAACACUGACUGAAGAUCAUCCAAGUCGACUGGCAUCACAGCAUAUGCUUUCCCGUAUCAAAGACAAACAUUAA